GAGCAGCGGCCACCGUCGUGGGGAGGGGGGUGGGGUGGGACCGCGUGUGGCCUCGGGCGCUGGUGGGACGGGGCCGCGGUGGCGCGGUGCCUUCCGCUGUUUUACGACGGUCUGCAUAUUUUGUCUUUCUUUUUUGCAAUUUUGAACAUUUGACAAGACGAGGGGUUCAAGGCAGGUGAGAGCAUCCGUGCGGCGGAGCCGGCGGGCACUUGGUGCACUCUCCGGAGACCGUCUGCACCGGGGACCGGAAAGUUUUUUUUUUUUUCUAAUGCAGAUGUAUUUAUAAAGAUAUAAGUAAUUUUUUUCUCUCUCGUCUCCAAGCGAGUACUUUUGGCAAAGGACGGAGAAAAAAACCUCAGCAACAUUUUGGGGGUUGGCGUUUUUUUGUUUUCGUUUUUCUUUUUUAAGAAAAAAAUAUUUUCAGCGCGAUGGAGAAAAUGUCCCGACCACUUCCCCUGAAUCCCACCUUCAUCCCGCCUCCCUACGGCGUGCUCAGGUCCUUGCUGGAGAACCCACUGAAGCUCCCCCUUCAUCACGAAGACGCAUUUAAUAAAGACAAAGACAAGGGAAAGAAGCUGGAUGAUGAGAGCAACAGCCCGACGGUGCCCCAGUCGGCGUUCUUGGGACCCACCUUAUGGGACAAAACCCUCCCCUAUGAUGGAGACACUUUCCAGUUGGAAUACAUGGACCUGGAGGAGUUCUUGUCCGAAAACGGCAUUCCCCCCAGCCCUCAGCAUGACCACAGCCCGCACCCUCCCGGGCUGCAGCCGGCCUCCUCAGCCGCCCCCUCCGUCAUGGACCUCAGCAGUCGGACCUCCGCACCCAUUCACCCGGGAAUCCCGUCCCCGAACUGCAUGCAGAGCCCCAUCAGACCAGGUCAGCUGUUGCCAGCCAACCGCAACACACCGAGUCCCAUCGACCCCGACACCAUCCAGGUCCCGGUGGGUUACGAGCCGGACCCGGCAGACCUCGCCCUCUCCAGCAUCCCCGGUCAGGAAAUGUUCGACCCCCGCAAACGCAAGUUCUCUGAGGAAGAGCUGAAACCGCAGCCCAUGAUUAAGAAAGCCCGCAAAGUCUUCAUCCCCGAUGACCUGAAGCAGGAUGACAAGUACUGGGCGAGGCGCAGAAAGAACAACAUGGCAGCCAAGCGCUCCCGCGACGCCCGGCGGCUGAAGGAGAACCAGAUCGCCAUCCGAGCUUCGUUCCUGGAGAAGGAGAACUCGGCCCUCCGCCAGGAGGUGGCUGACUUGCGCAAGGAGCUGGGCAAGUGCAAGAACAUUCUGGCCAAGUACGAGGCCAGGCACGGGCCCCUGUAAGAUGGCGCACGGAGGGGGGGCUGGCUUCCGACCAGGCGACCCGGUCUCCGGUCCGAUAGCCCCGCACCCGGACCCGCCUGCCCGCCGUCAGCACUUUACCAGAGGCCUCGACCCACAGGACCGACUCACAUCGUGGUGUGUGCGCGCGCGCGCAUACGCUUGUGCUCAUGUGUGUGGUCACCCGUGUGCGCGCACGCGUGCGUUCCUUUGCACUUGCCAUUUCCAGAUGACCCUCUCGUCCUCUCUCAGCUCCCAAAAAAGAAAAAGGUGCCAUGUUUUCAAUGGACUGUGGAGACCUCUCUGGGGUUUCCUGCCCCCUCCUCCCGCCCCCACUCCUGCCCUUUCCACGUGGCUUCAUGGUCGCUCUUCCCUGCUCUUCCAAGGCCCUGCGUGUGGACCCACCGCAAAGGGCCCUGGUGACAUGGUAGCUCUCAGUUUUGAAGACGACAAGCUCUUGUUUCUGUUCAACCUGUAAGCCCCCGUGCUAACCCAGUGCGCAGGAUCAGCGGGCACUGCCCCGCAGCGCGACUCAGUCGUCCGUUGCUUUCCUUGCGUCUUCGGUUUGGGUGGUAAUCGUCUUCAAGUUUAAAGUGCUGUUUAGAUUUGUUAGGUCCCGUAUUUACUUACCGCUAUCUACUAAGUUUCCUUUUAAUUCUACCGACUCCGGCUAAGUAAGAGUACUAUUAUUAUAGAACACAGAGUGUGUUUCUGCACUGUCUGUACCUGAAGCAAUAAUCCUAUUGUACGCUAGAGCAUGCUGCCUGAGUAUUACUAGUGGACGUAGGAUAUCUUCCCUCCCUGAGAAUUCCACCCUCUUUUAAAAAACAAAAAUCACAGCAAUGCAUUUGAGCAUGCCCAGAACAUUCCCGGGACAGGGAAGCCGAGAGAAUGCCAGGUGUAAGAAGGAGGGGUCGAUGUAUCAGUACAGGAGCCAAAAACAAAAACGCAUCUUAGAACAGGUCUGACAUCGAGAUGUUUGGUUCUGUUCUCUCCCUUCUCCCGCACCCACCCCCACUUUUAUAGCUAACUUUUUCCAUAGCCCUCUUGAUAUUCAAAACAAUCAAUUACUUAAGAUUUAGUUUCCCCCAUUUUUUGUAAUAUAUAUAUUUUUGUGACUUAUUAUACCUUGCUGUUUUUAAAAAUCAGUUAAGUUAAUGAGUUGGUGUUUUAUACGGCCCCUUUCCCCAGUGGUGUUCUUUCUGACUGCUUCAUAAAUUAAUGACUCUGGAGCUUUUGUUUCUUUUCUCUGUUUGCUUUUGAACGUACGCGCUUUUAUAAAGUGGACUUUCUGAAACAUGAAUGUAAAAGACACUGGUGUAUCUCAGAAGGCAGUGGUGUUGUCACCAACUGUGGUGACCCAAUCAGUUCUGAUGUUUACUCGAGACCCAAAGGAGAGAUGAUUAAAUUGUUUAAUGUUUAUACAGAGUAAUUAAUUAUAGGAAGUUCUUUUUUUGUACAGUAUUUUUCAGAUAUACAUACUGACGAUGUAUUUUGGAAGACAUAUAUUAUAUAUAGCAAAGAGAAAAGGAUAACUAUUCCAUGUUUUGAAGUUGUAUAGCAAAGAUAUAUAUUCAUCCACAUUGUGCAGAGAAGAAGGGCCUGGGGGUUUUGAAGUCUUGACCGUGUUAAGCCUGUUGCUGACACAUCAGCAUGUUGUCUGCUUUCCAGUUUGGUGGCCCUGUGAGGCUUGCUGGGAUGAGUCCUGCUCUUAAGUCCACAGGAUUUCUCGUUUCUCAUUAGGUCUCAGAAAGAAGUCAGUUGCCGUCACCGGAAAGCACAGAAUGGAUGUUAGUCAAAUAUUUAUUGGAUGAUGCAGUGUUUCUUAGGAGAAGCAUCUGCCACAAAAAUGUUCACUUCAAAAUUACGGCUUCACUGCGACCACCCGGGCAGGUCUGCACCGCCCCCGCCCCCCCCCACCCUUUCCCACUGUGGGCACGCGCAUCUUGGUGGCGUGUGGCAGAUAUUGGUGCUAUAUGUGUGGCUUUAAAUUUGAUGGAUGUUUUGACUUUAAAGACGGUUCUUUUGUUUCACAAAGUUGUGUGAUGUUGAAAGAUUCUGCUGUUAUUGCCAAGGAACAUUUUGUGCUAGAUUAACUAACAUACCCUUUCGUCCAUGGGAUUUUCUAGUUUCCUGCCUCCGGGAUACCCAGUUCUGGAGUGACCUGGUGGGCUCUUCAUCAGCCCGUCAGCAGUUCUCGCGUGAUGUCCCAGUCUUGGGAGACUUGAGGAGCAGGGUUUCCUGCUAUGUGUUCAUUUCUUCCCCAGCCACGCAUCCCUGUGGGCGAUGGGGAGGAUGGGGACUGAAAUGCGCUGCUCAGGAAAAUAAGCAAGACCUUCGGCCGUCCCAGGCCAAGCUCGAUAGGCAGCGUUCAGUGAGGGACAGUGAGCUCAGGACUGGCCUUUUUCUUGGUAAAGAGGCCAAUUGCUGCACCGUUGUUAAAUGUCAUUAUUCUCUCUAUGGUGGAGACGGAUGAUAUAGUCAACUGGAGCCUUGUCAAAGGGAUUGUACCCCGGACCACCCAAAUUCAUUGAUGUAUAAAAUGGCAGCCAAAAACAAACAAAGCAACAACCCUGUAUUUGAGCCCUGGUCUUCCUACGAAUUAGAUUGUUUGUAUCAAAUGAGCAUCACACAUGUUUUCUGCAGGAAAAAAAAAAGAUCAUAAUAAAACAUAUUUCAUGUGCCAGGAAAGGUUUCAGAAACCUACCUCGUCUUAAAAAUGUGUAAAUGUGGGAGUCUGUCCAGGUGCCUUAUAUGUGGGUCACUGUCAACACACACACACACACAAACUCUCACUCCUAGACUCACUGCCUUCGUCCAGGGCCGUUAACUGCUACAUGAGGCAGCCCUGCUCCAGGGCGUGGGGGGCCGAGGCCCGGUCUGGGGUCACGGGGAUCAGCCAGAGUCCUAUGAGUCCUGUAGACUGCAGCUAUUUAUAAGAGUCCUGUUGCCAUUUUUCACCUUUUCAUCAAAAGCAUCUUUCAGAGAUUAAUUACUUGGCCAUUAAAAAUGAAACCAAAUCAUACCACGCCAACAUCAUUGCGACAGUUUGGAAUGAGGGGUCCAGAACUUCCUGACGAGGUCACAUCAUUGUUUCUUUUGCACGAGACGUGCAAAGAAAGGCAAAACUCGACCGCCCUGUCCUGCUCAGGCUAUCCUUGUGGAUAGGUAGGGAAUGGGAGGGCGGAACUUGGAACGUGGGGUUUCCUUCUCUUAAGAAAGCGGCUGUUUUCUGCAACCCCAAAGAGGGCAAGCUGUGGUAGGUCUUUCAUCUGUCUAUGUGACAGGCACCUGUAAACCAUCCCUUAAAGCUGAAGAGCUCUUUGUUCGGGGAGAGUGCCAAUGCAGCCAUGGCUGGUUCGGAAGCUGCACCAGGAACCCGGAGCUUCCUUUCCACUCACUCGUUUUAGGAGCUCACAAUAAUUCCGAGUGGACGUUUAAAGGGUUUUGGGUCUACUUCUAGAAGAAUUUCCAGUGGAGCCCUCCCACACGGCCCCAGGGUGAAACAGCAGGCCUCUGUAAAAUGCAACCUGGUACCUUUGGUUUUCAGUAGUUUAUCUAAUUUCCCCCUAGUGUACCUUCUAGAAAAGCUCAAACUUUACUGGAGUUCAUCAGAGUGAUCCCAAGGCAGGCCAGCUCGGCCGCUUGCUUGUGUAGGGGGUGUGCAGGCCUUUGUCUAGCCCAGGGUCAGCAGGCAGCAGGGGGCUGGACACUGGGCUCCCUGCCUCCCCUGAGGUAGACGCCCGCUCUCCACCUGCCAGCCCCCUGCUGAGGGCACCCAGGCGCCGCUGGGGAGCCCAGGGUCUCCCACGGAUUUUCUCGACAGUCAAUAAUGCCAUUUCAAAAAAGAGCAAAGCCUUCGCCCACAUGAUGACUUGGACUUGGCCUCUAAAGUCAGUCCAUGUCACCGAGGGCCAGAUGUAUAUGGGGGAGGGUGUGUGUGUGAGCAGUUAAGACAUAAAGAUCUUUUGUUUUGGGGGCACCUUACCAAACACAACAACCCAACAUUAUCUUUUCGGCAACACCACAAGGACUGUGUUUGCUAACCAGGUAAAAGUUCACAUGAGGUCAGUUUAAUUGUAUAUCAUGAUAUUGGUGGUGUUUAUGCUGUUCAAUGCAAACCUUUCUCUGUCUGUUAUUCUUCAUGUUUAAUAAACUUUGAAUUUUUUUCCUUUC